CUCAUCAGAGUUGCGUCAGGUUCUGAUAGACUGAAAGUAGAUGGCAUUCCUCAGAGAGGAUUAUCUGACUACACACCAGGGCUUUUAUAUUGAAAAUUCUGAGCAGAAGUGCUGCUAUUUAUUUUCACUACCUUGACGCUCGCUGGAGGUCUGUGAACUGCAGAGAAAUGGAGUGUCAAUGUGAAAAGGACAACUCUGAGGAUGCUCUUACAGGCUGGUGGAUGAACGGCAACAGUGUCCAGAUGGGAGCUUUUACUGUGGUGGGGUAUCUUCUCUACAGAUUCUCACAGACACUCCCAGCUCUGAUCCGAUGGCCGAUUCGUCUUUUCUGUUCUCUAACUGGUCUGUCAGCUCUUUGGAGCUGGGUGAGCCGCCUCGUGGGAACCCUUCGUGGAAUCCAGAGCCUGUUUAAAUGGCUGUCUCAAAUUUGGCGGUUUUUCGUAGGAUUUUCCUCCAAGUUCAAGUGGUUGGCUGCUGUCAUCAAAGCAAGCUCAGACGAAGAACUGGAUUUAAGCAGCCCCAACAAACCAGGCCUGAGGCUGAUCCUCCUGGAGUAUAACAGUGGAGGAUGGACCUCCCUGGAAGAGACUUUGUUGGGCAACAGUGAUACAAGGGCACCCACGAGUCCCAUAAUUGAGAGCACCAAGACUAGGACCGUAUUAGAUGGUAGAGAGGUUACAGUGAUCAACACCCCAGAUCUUUUGGGGCCGUCAUCGGGGAACAACAAGAGAGCCAGGGAAGCUUUGAGGAGCCUUCAGCUCACCAGUCCUGGACCACACGCCUUCCUGCUGGUGAUCCGAGCUCCGGGCUCCAGCAUGGGGAUCGACCAGGAUGCAGCUCAAGCAAUCCGAGCCACCCUUGACCUGUUUGGUGACGGGGCCGCAGGGUACAUCAUCCCAGUGCUCGCCCAAGCACACCGUCCGGGUCGAAGGCAUACUGUAGAUCAGCUGCUGGAUGCAGACGAUGGGGGUCUGAGAAGGGCUCUGUCUCUAUGCGACCAGAGUCCAGAGCUGGUGGAUGACAGGCCGGACUGCCCUCCAGAGGUGCGGGGUGUGAUGCGCAGGCAGCUGGUGGGGCGUGUGAUGGAGAUGAAAACACUGAGGGGGCAUUUCGUCCACGAGCUGCAGAGGAGAGAAGACCGCAUCAGGGAGGAGCUUCUGACUGACAUGGCCUCUGCACUGGCUCUAAAACUAGGACACAUGUAAAUAAGAGAGGGAGAGCUGCUGUUGGUCUGUGUGAAAGAGUUGUUGGGGCAGUGAAAAAAUAAGGAGGCAAGAUUCAUUCAAGUGUUAAACAUGCAAUUUUGAGUUUAAGUGCAAGGGUGAUUCUUUGCCUGAGGUAUUUUUGUCACUCUGCUGGUUUACCACUGUCCAAAUGAAUUUACUACCACUGGCCGCCUUUUGGUUUUCAACAUACCACAGAUGCUUUUGGUUAGAUAUCACGCUCACACACACUUAAUUUUCCCAUUGUGAUGUGUUGUACUUCUUUGCCGUCUGUUUAUUCCUUUGCAUAGGCCUGUGCCUCGUGUUUUCUUACUUUGCUCCAGUGCUUAGCCCUCCCUUAUCAUUCAUAAUUUAUAAGCUAUAUCAAAUAAACUAAAGUCAUAUUGGGACUAGAGUUCAGCAGUGUUGUCCAUGUAUUCUGUGCUUUCUCCAGAAGCCUCUGAAACACCAUUUAGACCAAAAACUGUUACUUAAUAUGAACAAGCUCACAUUUAAUUGCAGGUUUUUACUGACUGUAUUCAUGUAGCUGUGACA